GCCGGUGAAAGAUGGCGGAAGGCGGUGGCGCCGACCCGGGGGAGCAGGAGCGGUCUUCCGGGCCGCGGCCCCCGAGCGCGCGGGACCUGCAGUUGGCCUUGGCAGAAUUAUAUGAAGAUGAAGUGAAAUGCAAAUCUUCCAAAUCUGAUAGACCUAAAGCUACAGUCUUUAAAAGCCCGCGAACACCACCUCAGAGGUUGUACUCAAGUGAACGUGAAUACAGUGGAUUACAUAUAGUUCGACCUUCGCCUGGGAAAAUUGUGAAUGAACUUUUCAAGGAGGCAAGAGAACAUGGGGCUGUCCCUCUGAACGAAGCCCCAAGAGCCUCGGGUGAUAACAAAUCUAAGUCAUUUACAGGUGGAGGAUAUAGAUUGGGUAAUUCCUUUUGUAAGCGGUCCGAAUAUAUCUAUGGAGAAAAUCAACUGCAAGAUGUUCAGAUUUUGCUUAAACUGUGGAGCAAUGGUUUCAGUUUAGAUGAUGGAGAGCUGAGACCAUAUAAUGACCCCCCAAAUGCUCAGUUUCUGGAAUCUGUUAAAAAAGGAGAGAUUCCCCUGGAGCUUCAGCGUCUGGUUCACGGCGGCCAUGUGAACUUGGAUAUGGAGGACCAUCAGGAUCAAGAAUACAUAAAACCUAGAUUGAGGUUCAAGGCUUUUAGUGGAGAAGGACAAAAACUUGGAAGCCUCACGCCUGAGAUAGUCAGUUCCCCCUCGUCCCCGGAAGAGGAGGACAAAUCCAUACUUAAUGCCGUUGUUCUUAUCGAUGAUUCAGUGCCAACGACCAAAAUUCAAAUCAGAUUAGCAGAUGGGAGUCGUUUGAUACAAAGAUUCAAUAGUACACACAGGAUCCUAGAUGUCCGGGACUUUAUUAUACAGUCCCGUCCUGAAUUUGCAACUCUUGACUUUAUUCUUGUGACUUCAUUUCCAAACAAAGAGCUCACAGAUGAAAGCCUGACACUACAAGAAGCAGAUAUUCUUAACACUGUGAUCCUCCAGCAGCUGAAAUAACUGUUCCUACCUGUGCAGGAGCAUGUAGGAAAGAUCAUGUGCCACACUAAUAAGGAAAACACGUACAGCAUUAAGAAAACAAACUAUUUUUAUUAUUUAUACAGACAAAUUUUGUUUUUACUCUUAUUCUGUCUUCCAGCCUUAGUAUAGAUGAAUUUGGACAAGGAAUAGAUUUUGGGAUAAACAUGUUUGAGGUUACAGGGCUGGCUUAUGUUGAUAGCCUGUGAAAGUCCAGGCAAACCAAUUUGUUACAUGCUCUGUGUUAAUGUAACAGCAUUUGUUUGCAGAGAGAACGAACAAAACCCCGUUUUGAUAAAUGCGCUUGGUAAAAUUUGCACUAAAGUUCCUUGAUGCUGCAUUGGUGAACAGCCAUCGAGAGAUCUUCUGAUCAAAUAGUUUUGAAAUUUUUUCUGUGAUAUAUACUGAAAAGUAUCUGUAUUCUGAUUUUGAAAUACUCUGAUCGUAUGAUGAUUCCUAUUAAGAUUGUAUGCAUCCUUUUUACUCACUGAUUUAGCUCUAUCGUGUCAAACAGUACAGUUUGGCCUUGUAUUUCACAGAACUAUGACCAUCAUAGACCAGAAACAAAGACGUAAAGGUCAUCAGCGGUUCUUGAGAAGACCUGUUAAACAGCACUUGAGAAGAAGAAGAAUCCCUCCCAGAGCCUGUCUUGAUCACAUCCGUUUAUUCAUUCAACACAGUUUUCUAAGGGACCCACUACAUAUACUGAACACUGUUCUAAGUGUUCGACCCAGAAUGUAUUCUACUCCAGGGCAAAAUGAGUAUAGAUUCAGAAAUGUAAACUCCGUCAGCCAGACUGGAUCUGAAGAAUUAGCAGCGUGCACACUCGCACUUCUGCCGAAGCCACUCCUUCCUGGGUGAGGCAGGCUUCGCCAGGGAGGAUAGAGAAGACUUUUCUUCCUCCCAGACACCGGUUCAUCUUUGGCCACCACUCCCGGCUACUUUUCUGUGGCUGCUGUAACUACUGUAACCUUAGAGGCCUAAAGUAGCACAGAUUUCUUACCUUGUAAUCCUGUGCAAGGCAGUUAGACGUCUCGCUGGCUAACCUGAGGCACUGACAAGGCUGUGUUCCUUUGAGAGGCUCUAAAGGAGAAUCAUUCCCUUAACGCUUCUAGCUCCUAGAGGCCACCUGCGUUCCGUGGCCCGUGGCCCCCUUUUCCCAUCUUCAGAGCCAGCAGUACUGCGUCUGUGGCCCUUCGCUGCCAUGAGGCCUCCUUAACAACAGCCAGGAAAGGUUCUCUGCUUCUGAGGUCGCCUGUGACUGGAUCGGGCCCGGCGGAGAGCUCAGGACCAUCCCCCAUCGUACGGUGUGUGGUAACCUUCGCUGCGUCUCUCUCCCUCUCUCCCUGCGCGGCGGCCUCUCUCUCUCCCUCUCUGGAGGCUCCAGGGGUGAGUCUGUUCUUCGCCUCUUCCGAGGCCGUUGGCGUCCCUCCAGCCCCCGCUUCUGUCCUUACGACCUUUACUCUCAGCUUUAUUUCUCCUCUUCCCCUCUUAUAAGGACCUUGUGACUCCCUUUGGCUUACCUAGAGUAAUUACCAGAAAAAUCUCAUCUCAAGGUGCUUACCUUAACCACAGCGGCCGAAAUCCUUUUUCCCACGUAAGCUAACGCAUGUGUAGGGACGGUGAUUGGAACAUGAACAUUUUGGGGGCCGUUCUGACUCCCACAGUCCACUCCUGCUCCAGAGAGGCACAUGCAUCCCACAGCAAGUCACCCCAUCCGGUGGUGCCCAUCACAGCGUCAGCUGAGGGUGCGAGAUCCCAUCCGAAUCCCACCAGCUCAGAAGCCCCAAGCCUCACUUAAAUCCAAGUGUGAGUGAGGCUCGGGCUGUGAUUCUGGGACACAGUUCCUCCCCGCCUGUGUGCCCACAAACCUGCAACCGGUUAUCUGUUCCCAAACAUAAUGGCGGGGCAGGCGUAGAAUAGCGCUUAUAGACAUCGCUCCCGUUCAAACAGAACGAAGACGAAAGGAGCCACCCGUGCCAAGCGGUCAGAAAGGGGCCACGCACACCCCGUGAGGUCUCGGAUCCCGGCACGGCCUUCCGUGGCCCGCAGUGCCAUCUGGGCUCGGAACCCUCUUUCCUUUCUGGUGAAAGGUAGCACCUGUUUGCAGCUGAGGACUUUUAUCAGCUUGUUUCUUACCUGUGGACUUGGGGGAAGUCUGACCUUCUUUCGUUUCAUACCAUCUCUAUUAUCCGUUUCAAUUUAAGACAGCAGCGUCUGCUGGUACAGCGUCCUCAGGAAACGUGUGGGUCUUGUGUGCGUGUUCCGAGGAUUCAGUCCAAUAGACCAGAGGCUCCUGCACACAGCGUUCCUAGGUAAUCCCAGCUCCCUUUCUGGCUCUUUCUGAGGAGGAUCUAGGAGUCACACCCUUAAUCUCUUCCAAGAACCUAUAGUGUGACCAAAAAAUGCAGGCCCUCCUCAGUUGUAUAGCGACACCCUCCUCUCUUUCCCUUGAGCAGGCUUUCCUGACAGUGAAUCUUAAUUUUAAUGGCCUCUGUCAUUUGGGGAGGCUAGGAGUCUGCAAGUCAUUUUUGACUCCUGUUUUCUUUAUAUUUAACUGUUCUUUCCAGAUGUGUCUGUCCCUCUCACAUUUUACUGUAACCGCCAAGAGGAAAGCAGGCCGCACCUUGCACGCUCUGCUUAGAACCCGCUUCAGCCAAAUAAACGUCUUAGGUGUUUCACUUUCCACCCACCCGCUGACCCAAGUCGCUGAGCUUUUUGCCAGAACCUUCACCUUCAGUGUGCAGCGGCACGCCCCUCAUUUCCUCCGGCGCGGCCCCGGCAGCGCCGGUAAUGAUCCCCCGAUUUCUUGUCACAGUCGGUUUCCGCCAGCUCACGUGGUCUGGGUGGCAGUGGCGGCCUCUAGCCUGCACCCCGCGCUCCCAGCCCUCAUUCGCGCUGACGGCCGUACGUCUAACGGCGGUCAAGGUGACCUUGCCUCUUCCUGUCGUGCUCCUGAAACCUCUUCCUCCAGCGUCUACCCACGGCCCGAUCGCAAAGCUCCGCCCUCGUUUCUAGGCGUUUGCUCCAGCAGCGCCCCGUUUCCAAGCACCCGGGAGUCUCUGUGCCCGGUCACCGCCCCGCGACGUGAGCGCGGCAGCAGGCGGUCCGGGAGUCACCUGCCUCCAGGGGCUCCGACGCUCGAAGCAGGUGGAUUGGCCUGCGGCGGGGGUCUCCCUGCUGCCCGCGCUCGCACAGCCUCACCUCCGCAGACAAACCGCCCCCCCCCCCCCCCCCCCCCCCCCCCCGCGGUGUCCUGGCGCGGAGAAAGCGCUCCCGAGUCCUCCCGGAGGAAGCCACGCUCCGGGCCACUGACGGGCCACCACCCGGAGGCCACGUGAACACACGGCUAAAGCGCUAAACGCCAGGAAGGAGCUGCAUCUUCACAGGAGCAGAAUCCUCUUCCUUAGGAAUAACCUCUUGGAACACACGAACGUUUUCAAUCAAAGGGCAUUGCCAUAUUUUGUAUUCACAAAACCCUGUAAAAUUGUUUGAAAUGCUAUUCCUGUAGUUUCUUUUCAUCAUUUCGAUGGAGUGCCUACAGAUGCACACACAAAAGCAACUGCCAUUUUUAUAUAUGAUCGUCUUCCACAACUUAGGAAUUAGGAGGGAGAACGGAACAUUCAGAACAAUACUUUCACACGUAUUACGUGGUGUUUUGCUUCAUGAGAGUCUUUUCCCUGAAUUCUUUUUACUGUUGCGGUCACUGUAACGGAUAAGAUUUAUAAUCGCCCCCAAAAAGAUUGCAUUCCAUUGAGCUGUUAGACAACCCUGUGUGAGGUCAGUUUUGCAUGACAUAUGUAAUCGAGAAGUUUUAAGUGUCUGCUUUACCAGUAAAGAAUGUUUUCACUGAGAGCCAUUGAAAAAUCCUUUUCAAAAUCUCCUUGACUUGCAGUUUUAUUUGAGUGACACAGAUUAUUUUAAAGCAUGAAGAGCAUUACCUAUGGUUUGAUCUUCUGUAGCGUAUCUUCUUCAAUGACGGAGAGGAACUGAAUCGUAACUACGGUAUCUCAAUUUCCCGUUACUGUUUUUGUGUUUAUUCCACCAAAAUAAAGGUGCAAAUUUUUCUUAA